CAGGUAGACAGGGAGGGUGUCUCUCGGUAUGUUAGGCAGCCACACGGAAGUAUGCUUCCAGCGCGUGCAGCGUGCUGAAAUGACAGUAGGCGGUUGUCAGCUGUUCACAGCUGGUCUCUCAUCAUGGCACCCAAAGACCCUCUACUCGGCACUCUCAAAGUGUGUGUGCUCAACCUGCAGUCAGAUGGAGACACGGUGACUGACAGCAACCCUCAUCUCGCCUCCUGCUGUGAGCUUCUUGAGCUGCUCCUCAGAAAAGGGCUCCAACAGCCAGUUCUUAGUUUAGUACCCAGAGACUACUGGCAGUGUUUUGAGCAGCUUCCCCACCAAGAUGCCUGUGGCAGGCUGUCUGCUCUGUCUUUGGCAGUGGAGCAGACCAGAGUUUGCAGUAAACUGCUCUCAGCUCAAGGCCGAGGUCGUUACCUACUCAGACUGGCUCUCAGUCGCAAGGUCCUGCCACAGUUCAUCACACACCUGCUGCACACACCCAGAGUCCUGGAGUGGUACAGCCCAGCCGUUUCAAUCCUUAGGAAUGAGGAAUUUGUGGAGCCUUUCAUGUCGCUGCUGCUGGUCCUCUCUCACAUGGAGUUCAAACUGGACAUGGAGAAUUGCAGUUUUCUGGAUGAGAGCUGGCUUCUACCGGUGUGUGACAUAUAUGAAGUGGUGCCAUGUCGGGAGUUGGGGAUGGUGUUGAGGUAUCUCAGUGGGCGCGUCUUCAUCCUGGAGCUGAUACCCGGUUGCCAGGCUCACGUCGACAAGUUCGCCUCUCCCGGCGACAUCAUUGAUGAGGUCAACGGCACUUCACUGAGGAAUUCUAAGAACGGACAGGCAGGCACGGUUCUGUCUCGACUGAGGGGCCGUCCUCUGUCCAUGCGGAUCCUGCGAUGGAGGGCCCAUGACGGGACGGUGUAUCGGCCUCUCAUCAAACUCCUGCGGGCCCUGAGGGUGGAGAACCCAAAGCUGCAGCUGGGCCCUGCUCCAACCCAACAGACGACCGCCAAAGACCAGAAACAGUCCUCGUCACAGUGUCUGAAAGAAGGAAGGCGAGUCAUUUACUAAAUCCUUAAAAGUAUAAACAACGUUUUUUUUGACAAGUG